GCGGCGGCCUUGGGCGACGCCCUUGAGCGUGCCGAGGGCCAAGCACUGAGCCGUGUGGUGGCGAAGUGCGAGGACUCCGAUCUCGCGGCGGAGCUCCAGCAGUCGCGGCGGAAGCUUGCAGACAUGACGCGGGAGGCCGCGGCCCAGAAAGCUGAGCUCCAGCAGACGACGGAGGGCGACUCCGAGGCGGCCGCGGAGAUCGCAGCCGCCGUUGCGGCGCUGGCCGAGUCGCGCGCGGAUGUGGAGGCGGCAGCAGCCCAGGAAUGGCGGGCUGCAGAGGCCUUCGACAGACUUGCCGACCUGUCCAAGGAGCUGGAGCAUGUCAAAGCCGUGGCGGCAGCUGACCGGAGUCGCCACAACGAGGCUCUUGCUGCGGCAGGCGCCGACGCAGA